GCAUUAAAUCCUUCACAUCCCUCGAGUAAUAAACCGUCUCAGUGGAAGCCACCACCACUCGUUCUCCUCUCAGUCAUUACUCUGAGUCUGAUCUGAUGAACUCUCUCACCAAGCUUGGUGAUGAUGAUGACCAUGGCCGCGACCUUCUUUGGCCGUCAAUCUGGAAGCACUUCGUUUCCAUGUUUCUUGAUCUUGUCAGACUCUCCUUCCCUUUAGCCCUGCUUGCGCUCGAAGCCCUCUUUCUCCUCAAAAAAUGGACGCCCACCUCCCAUUUCCUCUUCUUCACUUGCUUCCCCGUCUUCUUCAUCCUAAAACGGUUCAUUUGGAGCCCCGACCAAGUCUACAUCGUGGACUUCUCGUGCCUGAAGCCUCCAAGCUCUUGCAGAGUCCCGUUCGCUUCCUUCUUGGAACAUGCAUCGAUGAUGAACAUCUUCGACCGGGAGAGCAUCGACUUCAUGGCCAAGAUCCUCACUUCUUCGGGCCAAAGCGAGGAGACGUACCUUCCUCCGCCACUGCACUACAUUCCUCCCAGGACCGAGUUCCAAGAGUCCAUCAAAGAAGUCCACACGGCGCUCUUCCCUGUCUUGGACGACCUCCUGGAGAAAACCAACGUCCACCCUCGUGACAUCGACAUACUCAUUGUGAACUGCAGUGGCUUCUGCCCCUCGCCGUCUCUGUCGUCCAUCAUCGUCAACCGGUACUCCAUGAGGAGCGAUGUGAAGAACUUCAACAUCUCGGGCAUGGGCUGUACCGCCUCAGCUAUCGGCAUUGACAUGGCGAAGAGCCUCCUCAAAGUCCACAAGAACUCGUACGCCGUCGUCUUGAGCACCGAGAUCUUGUCGACCGGCUGGUACUCGGGCCGAGAGCGGCCCAAGUUGCUCCUCAACUGCCUCUUCCGCAUGGGAAGCGCCGCCAUCUUGCUCACGAACAAGCCAAAAGCCAAGAAUGUCUCCAAGUACAAGCUCGUCCACUCUCUGAGGACCCAAACAGCCUUGGAGGACAAAGCUUAUUAUGCGGCGUACCUCGACGAGGAUGCCGAAGGCAAACUCGGGGUCACCCUCAAGCGGGACUUGUUGCAAGUCGCGGGAGAGACGCUCCGGUCCCAUGCGACGAUCCUCGGGUCGAGAGUCCUACCGUUCACGGAGAAAUUCUGGCACGGCCUGUCGGUCUUCCGGAAGAGGUUCGUCCACAAGUCGUGCGACAUUUACGUGCCCAACUUCAAGACCGUGGUGCAACACUUUUGCUUGCCGGCCUCGGGGCGGCCUGUGAUAAGGGAGAUCGGGAAGGGGCUGAAGCUCGGAGAGGCAGACACGGAGGCUGCUUUGAUGACGCUGUACAGGUUCGGGAACCAAUCGUCGUCGUCGCUGUGGUACGAGUUGGCUUACAUGGAGGCUAAGCAGAGAGUGAAGAAAGGGGACAAGGCGUGGCUGCUUGGGAUGGGGACUGGGACCAAGUGCAUCAGCCUCAUCCUGGAACGUGUCCGACCGAUUCUCGGGGAGUCCGAGAAGGGUCCUUGGGCUUCUUGCAUUCAUGACUAUCCGGUCGCCAUCGAUGAAGUUGUUGCUUGACCGUCGACUUUCAAGUCGGUCGAGCACACGUUUAUUAAAUUGUCUGUCAUUUUCAGGGAGAUUUUCUCGAUGAUUUUUGGAAUUAAAGUCAGAAGGAUGGUUUUCUUCUCACAUCAGAUCGAUUGUUUAAGGAACGAAUGUCCUGAUGGAAGAGUUUAUUUCUGUAUGAGGUACAUGUUGAUGAAGAUAAUAAAUGUUUGGUGACUGCAAGAGAGACUA